AUGAUGAUUGCUCGAAGCAUCCAAAAGGAGAUCAUGUAUGCUUGUGCAAAAGAAACAAUGAAAGCAAUUGUUGAAGAUUUAAAUGGUGAUUACUUUGGCAUAUUGGUUGAUGAAUCUAAGGAUGUUUCUCAUAAGGAACAAAUGAGAAACAAUGAAGAUACAACUGCAAUUGCAUUGAAAUAUGCUAUCUAUUCUUUGUUGUUAGAGCAUUCAUUGAUUCCAUCUCAAACACGGGAACAAGGUUAUGAUGGAGCUAGUAACAUGCAAGGAAAAAUCAAUGGUUUUAAAACUCUAGUUCUGGAAGACAAUCCUUCAGCUUAUUGCAUACAUUGCUUUGCUCAUCAGUUGCAAUUGACUUUUGUAACUGUUGCAAAGAAACACUAUGAUGUAGAUCAAUUUUUUGAUAUUGUUGCUAAUGUAUUGAAUAUUAUUGGAGGUUCUUUUAAGCGUAGGGAGAUUCCUCGAGAAGAUCAAAGAGAUCCAUGGCAAAAAGUAAUGAAUGAUAUAAAAUCUUUUGAGUUUGUGCGUAUGUUGCAAUUGAUGUUGAAAGUGUUGGCAAUUAAAAAUGAUUUGAAUAUGACUUUGCAAAGAAAAUAUCAAGAUAUUGUGAAUACUAUGAAGCUUGUUGGUUUUGCCAAGAGGCAACUACAAACGAUGAGAGAGUCUAAAUGGAAAUCUUGGAUUGAAGAUGUCUCUUCAUUUUGUGUGAAGCAUGAUAUUCUAAUUCCUGAAAUGGAUAAGAACUAUCAUAUUGGAAAGUCAAAGUGCAAGAGUUCAAGUGUCACAUAUUCUCAUCAUUUUCUUAUAGAAGUCUUUAAUGCUGUUAUUGAUUUGCAACUUGCGGAGCUUAAUAGUCGUUUUGAUGCAGUGAAUAGUGAUUUGCUUCUAGAUCUCAGUUACGAGCUUGACAACUAUAUUCUCUUUGUGAGAGAAGAUAGUGAUUUCUCUAACUUGAAAGGACUUCGAGAUCUUUCAGAAACAUUAGUUGAAACAAAUCUGCACAAGACUUGGAGACUUGUUUAUUUGCUUGUGAAGUUAAGCUUGAUAUUGCCCUUGGCUACUGCAAGAGUAGAAAGACCUUUUUCUUCAAUGAACUACAUAAAAAAUGACUUGUGA